AUGCGCUACACCAGUCUCCCUCGGACUGCCACCUUUGCCUGGUCACCUGCUCCAUUUGUCCAGAACCCUUCGUCCUCUGCUUCCGCCAAUACUAAGUCAGAGCACCAGGCCGAACUAGACCAAUUCAACUCCCCUCUCCUUGCCACCGGUACUGCAAGUGGCGUACUUGAUUCUAGCUUCAGCACGGACUCCAAGCUCGAAAUAUGGUCUCCAUUCACCAACGAUUCGGCCGAGGCCAAAGGUACCGUGACCCUCCAAUCCAGGUUCCACCGUCUAGCUUGGGGUCAUGCGGCUGGACUCCGACCCCGAGGUGUGAUUGCAGCUGGUAUGGAAAACGCUGAAUUGGACAUCUGGGACCCAAUCAAAAUCCUUGCUGGUCAAGCCUCUGAAAAAGCGCUGGUUAGCAAGAUGAAGAACCACAACGGUCCCGUCAAGGGCCUUGACUUCAAUCCGGUCAAAAACAACCUUUUGGCCUCAGGUGCUAGCAAGGGAGAGGUCUUCAUCUGGGAUUUGAACAACCCCGUCAAGCCGUUUGCCCCUCCAUCCUCACGAUCGUUGGACGAUGUUACUUCGGUCAAUUGGAAUCAUAUCGUCCAAUCAGUCCUCGCCGCCUCAUCCAAUAACGGAUACACCGUUGUUUGGGAUAUUCGUGAAGCCAACGGUCAAAAAGGGAGGGAAGUCGCCACGUUGAGCUAUAGUGGCUCUGUAAAUCAAAUGCCUGCUUACGGGCAACCCCAGCCUGGCAUGAUGGGUGGUCCGCAAUACGGUUCUCAAUGGAUGGGCCCUGCCGGUGGACGCCCCGGUAGUGUGAGCUCAGUAGUAUGGCACCCCGAAAAUCCCACCAAAUUGGUCACCGCUUCUGAUGACGACGCGUCCCCUAUCGUUCUGGUUUGGGACCUGAGAAACGCUCGAGCGCCUGAAAGAAUCCUAGCCGGCCAUGAAAAGGGGAUUCUCAGUCUAGCGUGGUGCAAACAGGAUUCAGAUUUGUUGGUCAGUUGCGGAAAAGAUUGCCGAACAAUUUGUUGGAACCCUACUAGUGGUGAGAUAGUCGCAGAACUCCCUCCCAGCAGUAACUGGUCCUUCCAAAGCGACUGGUGUCCAAGGAAUCCUGAUUUGAUAGCGACUGCAUCUUUCGACGGCAGAAUAGCGAUCAACUCGCUGCAAUCAACGGGCGAAGAAUCUGACACCGCACAACCCCCAUUGAAUUCAGGCCCCGCAGUCGAUGGUAGCGAUAUCUUCGGUGAUCAAGGAUUGCUCGCGCUAAACAGUGCCAAAGCAGCCGUAAGCUGCAAGCAAGCGCCGAAGUGGUACAAACGUCCAUCCGCUGCUACUUUCGCAUUUGGUGGCAAAGUGAUCACGAUCGACAACAUGAUCCCACCGAAUCCAGCUCAGCAAGCCUCUCCUGAUAAUACCUCGCCGAAGAUUUCGCCAGUCGUAAACAUUAGACAAAUUGUCACGGAACAUACGUUGGUUGAACGUGCCUUGAAACUAGAGAAUGCGAGCCAGGCCCGCAACUUGCAAACUCUCUGUGAAGAGCGGGCUAAUCGCCUCCCUUCACACGCUUCAACGAUCGAAUUACAAAGCUGGAAGCUGCUAUCGACUUUGUUCAAGACAGAUUCGUCCGAGGAACUAGUAAACCUCCUAGGAUUUUCUAAAAGUGAAGUGAAGUCGAUGGUUGAACGACAAAUAGAGUCAUACAAACCGUCCAAAAUCUCGAAUUCUCUAUCAAGGACGGCUAGUGAGAUGGGCCCAACCUCAACUGCCCUUGAGACAAGUCAUUCAGAUAAUGACUCUGUUCCCCGCGAACCGUUGGUCACUUUUGCGGAUACGCCUCGCGAGGGAUUGUCUGCUUCUUCCGAAGGUGGUGGGGAUGCUACUGCUAGUUCGGCAGAUGCUGCACCGUCUGAAGCUAGCGUAAGUGCCAUCUCAGAUGGAACCAAGCUAGCCGAAGCCGAAUCGGAAAUUACUGAACCAAGCCUAUUUGGCGACGACAACGCAAACGCCGCCGGGCAAACUGCCGCCUCCGUGGACUUUUACAAUUCCAUGCGUAGCAACCGUCCCGCUGGACUUCCCGAUCACGUGUUCAGUAGAGUCAGCGCCGCCGCUUCUUCCGUCGGUGCCACCGUCGGAUCUCAAACCUCAUCGAUUGCAUCCGAGACCACUCGGAAUAACACAUUUCAGAUAUAUCCGUCCGAAGAAUCGAAAGGAGACCGACUUAUCACGCGGGCCCUCGUUGUUGGCGACUUUGAAAGCGCAGUUUCUCUGUGCAUAUCGAGCGAGCGUUGGGCUGAUGCCCUCCUCUUGGGUGUCAAAGGUGGACCUGAGCUACUCCAAAAAGCUCAAAAAGCUUACUUCGGAAAGCAAACUGUCAAUCACCCAUACCUCCGUCUCUACCAAUCGAUUGUUAUGGAUGAUCUGAUGGAUGUGGUACAGAACGCUGACCUCUCCGAGUGGCAAGAGAUCUUUGUGGUUCUCUGUACAUUUGCGAAGAAAGAAGAAUUCCCCAAUCUGGUCGAGCAGCUGGGCCAAAGGCUUGAAUACAUGUCACAUCCAUCUACUCCUACCGAAAGUCCAGAGCAACAACCAAGCUUGGUCUCAACUGCCGAGUUUCGCAAAAACGCCAUUCUUUGCUAUCUUGCAGCUGGCAAAUUGGACAAGGUUACUUCUAUUUGGAUUGAGCAGAUGGAAGAAGAAGAAGCAGCACUACUCAAGAGCGUGGAUACUGACGACCAACAAUCUGCAUUCAGUAUACACGCUGAAGUGCUUCAGACUCUCAUCGAGAAAGUAACCGUAUUCCAAAGUGCCAUCAAUUAUGUUGAUCUCGACCUCGCUGACGCCAAUGACGCAGGCGAUCCCGCCAAGACUGGUGCGAAGGAGUACAAACUGUCGAUGCUGUAUGACUGUUAUUGUGAAUAUGCGGAAUUGUUAGCUUCGCAAGGACUUUCCAAUACCGCUUUACGUUUUGUGGCCCAAACUCCCUUAGGCUAUACUCCGUCUCGCACCUCGCCUUCAUCUUCCACCCGCGAAAGGCUUUCAAAAUCUGUUGGUUUGGCAUCACUAGUAACCGAUCGACAGUUUCCCCCUGAGCAAAGAACCCCUACCAGCGCUACCACCGUCCCACCCCUGGACAAGCCGUUUGCCGAAGUUCCCCCGACCCAAAAUGUCUACCAAAACUCUUACAACCAGUCCAACAAUCUGUCGGCUUACUCGAACGCUGCUUAUCAGCCAUCCUCUAUGGGUGCUCCAGGUGGAAACAUGGAUGUAAAUUACUCCAAUCCGUACGGCCCGUCUUAUGGUCAAAUGCCAAUGGGUCAAAAUAACUAUGCACCCAUGACAACCGGCUCGUUUUUACCCCCUCCUCCAGCACCGAUCGGCACCUCUCCAAUCCCGAGCAGAGCCUCUAGCGUGUCCCAGCUCCCACCCGCCGCUCGACCACCCCCCAGUCAAGUGGGAGGCUGGAACGACGCGCCAGUCGUCAAUAACACCCGGAAAAAUGUUCCGCCACCAGGUGGACCGAAGGCGGUGAUUACCUCGCCUUUUCCCAAUGCUCCCCAAACAAUGUCACCGGCACAACCCUAUCCUAACCAAUUUAGCGGGUAUGGUGCCCCGCAAACUGGUCAUCACCAAGGAUCACCCAGUGGACCACCGCCCCCGCCACGUGGGGGCUCCCGCACCCCAGGGAACGCUUCCCAUGUGGCCCCGCCACCUAAGUUCGGACAACACCCUCCCGGAGGAGCUCCGCAAACUCCUCAGCAGUAUGGCCAACCUGGUCAGUAUAAUGCCCGGUCAAGUUCACAGGAUCAACAUACAUCAAACGUCGCUCCAUACGGACCUCAAGGUGGGAAUGUACCUCCUCAAUCUGGGCCUCCAGGGCCUUACGGCCCGCCGAAGACACAGCACCCUGGAGCAGCUCCUGCUCAAUCAAGACAAGUGAAUUUCUCGACUCCUACUCAGCAAGCUGGUUAUUCAGCCCAACCUGUCAUGCAAAGUCCGAUGCAACAACAAACUCCAUACGGCUCGAGUGCACCUCCCCAGAUGUACCCCCAACAACGCGGAUCUUUAUCAGGUGGGCAGGCCGCCGGACAGUAUGGUAUCCCGCCUCCCGGCCAGGGUAUGCCGCCAAGCGGACAAAGCAUGCCUCCCGGCCAGGGCCCUCCCCAGGGUGGAAACGGUAUGAGAACUGGCGGUUUCCCAAAUUCCAAUAGCGAGUCGCAACGCCCUGGUACCGCUCCACCAGCACCCAAGCCUGAGCCACCCAAGUCCAAGUAUCCUCCGGGUGAUCGCAGCCAUAUCCCUGAAGCAAGUAAACCGAUUUACGUCAGUCUUCAGCGAUUGAUGAUUCAAAUGAAGCAAGGCCUACCGGCAAACCAAAAGAAAUUGGUGGAUGAUACCGAGCGUAGAUUGAAUGUGUUAUUUGAUGCUUUGAAUUGCGAAACCGUUCCUGCCAGCGUGAUUGACGAACUAUCGGAUAUUGUCAAAGCGAUCGAAGCCAGAAAUCUCCAGUUGGCUUUACAAUUACACGUCUCUCUGUUAACUUCUGGUAUCAAAUCCGACGAACUGACUGCUUACAUGCCUGCCAUCAAAAUGUUGAUAACUAAAUUACAAUAA